AUGCUAUGGAUUCUCGGAAUAGUUGUAACCCUAACCCCCGACCGGGCCGAUGCCUUAACCCAUCCCCAAUGCGCUGUCCAGUCCAUGACGCAAUAUGGCAGCUACCUCGGGUUCCGCGAUGAAGCCGCCGAGCUACCCUACGGCGUUCUUGAUCGAAACCGCGAGACGUCACUGUAUAUAUGCCCGGAUAUCAUCGGCCGGCAUCGGUCUCCACUUCUACGGGGCGGUAUUUACAACGCUGGAGACUUUAUGAAAGCCUACUGCGCACAAAGUUGCCGACAUUUGAUGAGAACUGGCGGCAGCGUAGUAUGCGGAACCCGAAGACCACCGAUGACUUGGACGAACACCCUUGUAAGCCAAUUCACGAGCGCAAUGCCAUGCGGGGAUUUGCGAUUCCCGAUAAGUGAGACGGCCCCGAAUCAGGCCCUACGUCUCUUUGCCGUCGACCUCGCGGAAAUCCCCUCCUGGGUAAAAGAUGCCCACCAGCUACAGUACCUCCAGAUUGAUAGUCGGAACGGGAAGACAAUUGGCGGCUUGGAGAAUAUCGAAAAUUUGCCGGAGCUCGAGCAUCUGAUGCUCACCAGAACUAACAUCAAAAGAUUUCCACGGCUGAACUCGCCGAAGUUGAUUACACUGGAUCUUAACUGCAAUAUGAUCACCGAGUAUCCGGAUAAUGUGUUCGAGAAUUUGACGGAAAUCCAGUUCCUGACCCUACGCAACAACCCGCUCCCCUAUAUCAGCCAAGCAGCCUUGCGCCCGUUGACCAACUUGAAGCACCUCGACUUCGGGCAACAAACCUACUACCCGUACGCAGCGUUAGGCCCGUUAAGUAUGGAUUACUACGUCAAUCGUGCCGGUCGCACUUUCACCUGUCGAGAUUAUGAUGUUAAUGAUGGGAAAUUGACCAACUUCUCGGCAGCCACCCUACCCAACCCAGAGAAAUUAUUGAGCCUUGAAUUGCCUGAGCAAAAACGGCUAAAAUUCGAUGCCGAUUAUUUUGCCAGGUUCCCAAAUUUGAUGUCACUAAACCUACACGGGGUAAAUUUGGCAUCGCUCGACGGGGUCGGCCUGGAAAAGCUGGCUUCGUUGAAUUUAAUGCGAGCUAGUGGCAUCAAUUUUACGGCGGAUGUCUGGAUGCCGGAAACUUUUCUCUACAAUUUGACCCAGUUGCAGUAUAUUUACUUGCAGGACUCGAAUAUAAAAGCGUCCGCACCGUGGAUAGCCAUGGCCAAAACGUCACCCCGAUUUAACGGCGAGCUUGGAUACGAAUUUACGGUUUACCGCUUCAGCUACAUGGACUCCUGCUCGCAGCAAAUCAUGAACGAGGUGGCGAACAACGUGGCGGCCGACGAGACGUGCGCGGAUGACAAGGCAACUCUGAUGAACGACGCGAAAAGGAUUAUAGAAGCGAAAUUUGCGCUCCAACGCAGCGUCGUCGAUUUGACGGGAAAAGUU